GAGUUCUCUCUUCCUCUCGCUAUUCAGGGCCCGCACGCCGCGGCAGCCACACAUAUCUGCCGGCUAGUGAACCGCGCCAACUAUCGAUACGUCGGGCCCAUCACUAUUUCUUUUUCGAAUUUCAAACGCUCUUUCUCGUGUGCCAGUAUGCUGUGCAAGAAUUAAUUAUAAAUUUAUUUUUAAAAGUGUAUUCUUCUUCCUUCUCGAUCUUUGUUUUUUUAUUGUGAAUAUGAUUAGAGAAAACUCUUUGGACGAUUUUGCAAAGGUUUAUGGACACAAGUUUAGUUUGAAUUGAAUUAAUAAGUGAAGCGUGAUUUCCAUAAUUCAGCUCAUGUUGAACGAAAAUAACCUGAGAAUGAAGAUGUCUGCUGCUGACAGCCAGGAGUCUGCCAGCCCCCCCGCCAGCCCCGCGUCCGCCGCCUCCGACCCGCCCACGCUGGUCCACAUCAAGCAGGAGGCCAUGGCCCCCGGCAGCGACCUCAAGGACUACUACACCAACAUAGACUUCACCCUCCCCGACUCAUACCUCAGCAAUUUCGACUACCCGCGCAACUUUCUCACAAGCACCCUCAACCAACGACUGCUGGACAAAGACACCAGCAAUGACGCGACAAGGGAAGACAACAAUGGAGAGAUGGAUGUGAAUUUGCCCGCGGAACUCGUGUAUAAGCGGGGAGGCGUGUUUGCGAAGGAGACGGUGCAGUGCGGGGCCAAGUAUGGCCCGUUUGUUGGUGUUUGGGAGACCCAACCACUGGACAGGCGGUAUGCUUGGGAGGUUAUUGGCAAAAACGGAGUUCGAGGAUGGCUCGACGGAACCACGGAGAAGAGUAAUUGGCUCAAGCUGGUCCGCUCUACGAACUACCCGCACGAUGUCAACGUCCAAUACUGUCUGGCGGCUGGACAGAUCUGGUACAAGGUGGUCCGGGACAUCCCGGCGGGCCACGAGCUGCUGCUGGAGCCGCGCAGCCCGCUGCCGCUGCACGACGUUCUGGCUGUCGCAGGACGUCAGAGUGCCAGUGUCAACUCCACCAGCAGCACCGAGUCCCAGCAGCGGUUUCUGUCCAUCACAGAGGAAGAAGAACGCGAGGACACAGAACAACGCUGCACCUUCUGUGAAGCACCAUUCCCUAACAUUGAUGCCCUCGACCGGCACCUGAUCCAAGCGCACGCGCAGCCGGGCGGCGCGUUCCCGUGCGAGCUGUGCGCACGCGCAUACAGCUGCCGCGCGCUGCUGCUGCGCCACCGCGCGCUCGCGCACACCGACAUACGGAAGUACCCGUGCGAGAACUGCCCGAAGGUAUUUACCGAUCCUUCCAACCUCCAGCGCCACAUCCGCGCGCAGCACGUGGGCGCUCGCAGCCACGCCUGCCCCGAGUGCGGGAAGACCUUCGCCACCAGCUCCGGGCUGAAGCAGCACACGCACAUCCACUCGUCAGUGAAGCCCUUCCAGUGCAAGGUCUGCUUCAAGUCCUACACGCAAUUCUCGAACCUCUGCCGCCACAAGCGAAUGCACGUCGCCUGUCGAGCGCUGGUCGAGUGCGGAAAAUGUGGCCAGUCCUUCACGUCAUACGCAUCUCUCACUAAACACAAGAGGUUCUGUGACACCGCAUCAGCAGCCAACGUCAACAUGCGAGGACAAAUGCCACAGGGACUACCGCAAAUACCAUCUCUCAGUAACGUUGGGAUGAAUUCUUCAAACAACCCCAAUCCGUUCCCCUUGUAUAGGCCAACUCUGCCUCUUCCGUACAAUACGUUUGCUCACUACCCAGCACUGUUCUCUGCAGCCGCUGCCGCAUGCCCACCAGAGUUCUUGAACCCACUUCUCUUUAACGUUCAAGGAGCACGACUGGCCAUGGAACAUGAUAUCGCUAUGUCAAACGCAAACCUCUUGUCCAAACAACAGGAAGGAAGAAUGUCGGUCAAAAGUAUGGAUAGCACCAACUCCCUUGAUGACAUGAAACAAAAGAAAGAUCUUGAUUAUGAUAGCAAGCGGGACACAGAUAACUCGGACCGAGCUACACCUAAAUCUCAAUCUGCAAAUGCUAAACCAUCACCACCAUCUGUGGAGGACACAUUAUCUCAGCCACGUCCUUCCCCACUUAUGGCUAUGCCCACCCCGAUAAUCCCAUACAAUUUCUCACGGGAAGACCUGAAGCGAAAGUCACCUUUUGAUUUUACCAUCAAACUGAACAAUAACGUGGAAAAGAAAAGACGGCAGUCACUUUCCCCGCCUCUCCCAAAAGACUUCUCAAAGAGCAACGAAAAUGACAGAAACUCCGAGUACUCGGAUAUUGAAGAAGAUAGUAAGAAAGAUCAAGGAGAUCAGCCACUUGACCUAUCAGUGUCGCGCAAGCACAGCGAUAAGGAUUCCGAAGCUGAUGAUCGUUCCUUUCGUAACUCCUCCAUCAAGUCGGAUUCUCCACCCGAGAGCCCCAUCGAGCCAGCAGAGAGGGACACUAAGACUCCCGAGAACGACACCACGGACGUCGAUGUGGAAGGAGUAGAGACCAAAAGAGAAGAGUCACCGCAACACCUCGUUUCCCCACCGCUAGCAUUCCCAAUGCCAGUUCACCCGCAACACAACAGUCUCAUGGAAAUGUAUCGCCCCAGAUUUCCGUCAUUUCACUCGGCGUCUGACUCGAUCCUGAACUCAUCUCACUCUCCGUACGUUCCGAGCCCGUUCAAUUUUUUAUCCCCACUCCUUGGCACCGACGGCCCUGAUAGACAGCCGGGGGCGUACGCGAAGUUCCGUGAGCUGGGCGCCGGGUCGGGCAAGUUGAGGGACCGCUAUGCCUGCAAGUUCUGCGGGAAGGUGUUCCCUCGCAGCGCCAACCUGACGCGCCACCUGAGGACCCACACCGGCGAGCAGCCGUACAAGUGCAAGUACUGCGAGCGCUCCUUCUCCAUCUCGUCCAACCUGCAGCGGCACGUGCGGAACAUCCACAACAAGGAACGCCCUUUCAGAUGUCCUCUGUGCGACCGCUGCUUUGGCCAGCAGACCAACCUGGACCGGCACCUGAAGAAGCACGAGGCGGAGGGGGGUGACUCGCCGAGCUCCGCGGACACUGAGCGGGAGGACACUUACUUUGAUGAUAUACGGUCGUUCAUGGGAAAAGUGACAUGCUCCCCGGGCGCGGGCACCCCGCCCGCCACGUCCCCGCACGCCCCGCACGCCCCGCACCGCCCCUCCGCGCUCGCCUGCUCCACAUAGCCGCGGGCGCUGCCCCCGCCCCCGCCGCUCUGGUCUCUCUUCUACGAGCAGCGCUGAGCGAGCCCUCGACACUCUCCAGUAGCAACUGAGAGCAAUACACGGCAGUAUUGAGUUUGUAAAAAACAUGACACUUUUACUAUUCUCUCUUAUUAUAAAAUUAGAUAAUUCAAAUGUAUUUAAAGUUUAUCGUCCUAUGUGAGGAGUUAUCUGAUUUUGUUCCUAUAUGUCUUUUUAGUAAUUUGUAUCAUCGUAUUCAGUAAUAAUAAGUAUUAUUGUACAUAUUAAUUUAAUAUUAUAUUGCAGUAGAGUUAUGGAAAUUGGCGUAUCUUGUAUUAUUAAACUUAAUGUGAACAUGACAUGUGUUUGGGAUUGUUUACACACUUUGUUAACAUUUUAUUGUACAAACACUGUUAAGUAUAGGGUGUAAGAGGCAUUUUAAUCUCCUACUUAGUCAAAAAUUACCAAAGUUUUAAAUUGAUAUAAAAAUUGGCUUCAGAUUUCGAUUUAUCUUAUCAUAUUUUUAAAAGUCAAUUGGUACUUUGUAUUAUAAAAUAUAAAACGAUAAGGGUUUUCUAGUUCAAGAAUAUUUUGUUAAAUUUGUUAUUUACGAAUAAUUACAUA